CACCACCACCACCACCACUACCACUACUACCACAAACCUCCACCGCCGCCGUCCACCCUCAGCCCAGCCCGCCCUGCGCGCUGCACCUAAUCCCGCCUCUGCCAUUUUCGCGAGCCGCUACCUCACACCUUUUACCCACAAACGUCUUGUCUGCCCGCCCAACAGCGCCAACUUUCUCGUCGAGAGGGGCAAACAGUCUUUUGUGUUUUUAUCCCGUAUGCUCACCCAAUCUCGACACAGCUUUACCCAGCAUCUCUCUCAAUCGCGAGCCCUCGUCGUCCGACCGCCGAACCCCGUCCUCGACCUCGACCUCGACUUCGACUUCGACCUGGACUUGGACUUGGACUUGGACUUCGACUUGGAUCUGGCCUCGCUCUGCUCCUCUUCCUCCCUCACUCUCCCUGUCCCUCUCUCGCUGUCGAACCGCCACCCCUCGCAGACCUGACCCGACCCUUUCACCCCCUCCUCCCCCACCGCGCCAUCCCUCUCUAUGACAUCGACGUUUGUUUCCU